AUGGCAGUCACAGAGCUUGCGUGUCUCCGUCUGAGACCAGGCCAGGCUCUCUCGCCAGAGCUUUUGGCAAAGCUUGCCACGGCGAGAUCGGUCAUGGAGAAAGCAAGUGGCUUCAAAUUUCACUAUUACCAUUGCCUUGAGAGCCCAGAGCGGGUCUUUAUCAUUGGCGCAUGGCCAUCGAUCGAUUUCCACAUGCAAGACUUCAUCCCAAGCCAAGCAAACCAAGACCUACUCAGUCUUUUGAAAGACGAAGUUGCUGUCGAAUGGAUGUUUCAUUUGAGUUUUGAUCAAACCGAGCGAAGCCUGCCACUGGGAAGCGCGGCAGUGGCCAUCGGCCGGCAUUUCAUCAAGGAUGACGAAAAGAGAUACUUUCAGAAGGCCUUCGAUGAGAACAAACACUACCUUGAAGAUUUCAUUGGGGGAAAGGAACUGGUUGUCGGAGGGUACAGAUUGGACAAGGGCUUCGACCCUUCACUCGAGGCCGAGCCAGAUGAUGAAUUUGUGUUAUUUACCGGAUGGCAUGAGGUUGAACAACACGGAGAUUUCGCAAAGACUGACGGGUUCGAGAAAUAUGCCCUGAUCCGUGAUCACCUUGCUGGGGCGGACAUCAAACACGCGGUGAGACUGGAGGUGGAUCCAAAGGCGUAA